AGCGCUGCUAGUGUGCGGGGUGGCGUUUGUGUCUUGUGACAUUUGCUGGCCACUUGGAUAAUUAUUUUAGACAGUCAAGUAUAGCUUGAGCAGUCCAGCUUGACAAUGACGACGUAGCUAUGUUUCUGUGGAUGUUGGUGAUAAGCUUAUGGCUUCACAUUGACACAGCAGCGAAAUCAGAUAAAGACAUAGAGGAGGUUACAGUCAACCAGCUGCAUGUGGUUUGGCACCAGACAACUUCCGGUUUGCAAGAUGACGUACAUUCCACACCUUCCGCUGAUGACGUCACCACGACACCUCUCAUGCCUUUCUUCGAAGACUCUGGCACAUUCGUAAACGUCACAGUACAGUUUGGUGCCAACGCUCUUCUACAUUGUCGAGUGCACGAGCUCACGGACAAAACUACGGUGUCGUGGCUGCGCCGCGAGGAGGGUCAGCUUCACUUGUUGUCCGUUGGCUUGGACAUAUACGCCGGUAAUACCCGGUACACAGCGGCCCUGCUUCACCCCAACGACUGGACACUCUCAGUCAGGGGUGCCGAGGAGUCAGACGAGGGUUGGUACGAGUGUCAGGUCUCCUCACAUCCACCGCUGGUACACACGCUGUACCUACGUGUCAUAGUUCCAGAGCUUCAGAUAUGGGACGAGAGAGGGAUCCCAUUGAAGAACAAGUUCUACAACGCUGGCAGUACCAUAGAGCUUAAGUGCUCGAUAUCGAAGGUGCCAAAACCUUCACACUUCAUUUUAUGGAAACACGGCAACAACAUCCUCAACUAUGAUGUCACUAGGGGGGGAAUCAGUGUUAAGACGGACAUAGUGAGUGAUGGAGUCAAUAGUCGUCUGUACAUAGCUAACGUCGGACCACAAGACUCCGGCAACUACACUUGCCACCUAGCGGACGUAGCAGAAACUACAGUUUCAGUCCACGUGCUCAAUGGUGAGACGCCAGCAGCUAUGCAACAUGGCGGCACCAGCUGUUUGUUUCCCGCCAAGUUUCCACUCGUUGCGAUCCUCUUCUUUCUGUUUUCCACAAUUUUAAAUUCCAGAUGACGGUUCCUCUCCGAUCCGAUUUAUUAAAUAUUGUUGUGUCUUUCGUUUAUAAUGUAACUGAGCUCACUUACCCAAGAAAUAUUGUUUAAAAUGUUGUACUUUGUUUGAUUGACAUUUAUGAAACGUUUAUAUACUGUAUGAUAU